AUGAAAGAUUUCACAGAAAAUAAUGCCUAUAAUUAUGAUAAUUAUGAUACUAAUGAUAUAGUGAUGGGUGUCAACUCAGUUACUAGCUUAACCACUACCUUUAAAAGUAUUAAUAGUGCAACUAGUGAAACUGUUAGUAAAGACACUAGCAAAAUUAUUAACAAAAUCAUUAGCGAAAUUACUAGUAAAACUACUAGCAAUACUGCUAGUGAAAUCACCAGUGAAAUCACUAGCAAAAUCACCAGUAAAGCUACUAGUAAAACUACUAGCAAAACUAUAUUAAGAGUACUUUCCGAACUACUUACAGAAUAUCCACAAGUGGUUAUAGGCUAA